ACUCUGUUUGCCUAUUUUUAAUUGCCACCAACAAAAAAAAUAUCAGACAUUUUCCUGCUGCAAAGCAAGAAUUUUUUUUUUCGCCUUCAAAAAGUAAAGCGAGCAAGAGAGAGAUGCUCCGUGGUGGGCACGAAUCGUACUUCCCUCCCGUUUCCGCGCCAUCUCCGCCGCCCUCCACUGCCAACGUCGCUGCCUCUGGUGGAGGAAAAAUGAUAGCCUCCGUAUUCAUGGCGCUUCUUCUCCCCUGCGUAGGCAUGAGCGUUGUCUUCGUCAUCUACCUAUGUAUACUGUGCUACACCACGCGCCUCCGGCAAAGCCACGCGCCUCCGCAAUUUUUGGAACCGGUUAAGCCGGUAACUGGUAAGGGAUUGUCGGUGUCGGAGCUCGGGAAGAUUCCAAAGCUAUCGGGAAAAGAGCUAGCGACGGUGGGGAGAUCGACGGAGUGUGCCGUUUGUUUGGACGAUAUCGAAAUUGGGCAACCGGCGAGGCUGGUUCCCGGUUGCAACCAUGGAUUCCACCAAUAUUGUGCCGACACUUGGCUUUCCGAACACACCAUUUGCCCCGUUUGCAGAGCCGAACUCGCUCCUAAACUCUCUGAAUGUGAUAAAGGACCAAAGCCCUAGCUGAAACAAAAAACUUGUCUAAAAAAAUUCUUCUUCUCCUUAUUUUCUUUCUGAUUCCGAGUCACUUUUUUUGGGUUAGUAUUUUUUUUCUUCUUACCCGCAUGGUUACAGGGAAGAUAUUUCUAGAUGUUUUUUUUAAAAUGAAAUUGUUUUGAUUGUUUGGGGGGGUUUUAAGAUUAGUUGCAGUUCUUCUAAGCCACACAUUAUGGAAUUAU